AGAUUCAAGAUGUCGUCUGCAGCGUUGGCAUGAAAUCGCUUGCGUUUUCGCAAAAAGCUUCCAAAAAUGAUCUUAUACACCCCCAUAAUGAAACGUAUAAUUUCACCUGACAUCAUCGAUUAAACAUGUCUUGGUUGGGAGACAGGUUUUCAACGCUUACCAAUCAGCUUUCAACUUUAACGAAUGAAGUUCUAUUAGAAGGCAGAGAAGAGACGGAUGAUCGAGCAGCAGAAUUACAACUGAGUCAGCAACGUGUCAAAGAGCUUGAACGGCAAAAUGGAGCUUUGCGGAGAGAGGUGGAUCAGCUGCGUACGACAAACGUGGAGCUGGAAGAGCAGCAGCAUGCCUCGGAGCUGCGCCUGGCUCACUGUCGACAGGAGCUACGCCUCAAGGAGGAGGAAAUCCAACGGCUGUUGAGGCAAGACCCGGACGACUUCCGGUCGCGUCUCCAUGGAGACGGAGACUUCGACAGCAGCGACCUCGCCGCUUGCCAGCGGGAGAUCCGCAGGUUGUCGGCAGUAGUCGGUCGUCUGCGUGCGAGCGGAGCAGACGAAAGGUAUCUUCUGCCUCAGACUGGGACUUACGAAAGCGGUCAAGGCAUCCAUGCAGAGUUCCAACAGCUCAAUGGAAGUGCGCAUGGGGAUAAUGGCUCGGAACCCGUUCUGCACAAUGGCACGCUGGAGGUGGACGGGACCGCAGGCCUUCGGAAGCCUGCAGUUCCGCGGGCUUCUGAGCUGGAAGCGCUGCAGGAGGAGAAUCGCAGGUUGGAGAGGAGCCUCGUUGAACUUGACAGGCAGAACCAGGAAGCGAUGAGUCAGUUGCUGACCAUAAAGGAGAAGUUGUCAUCGGAGAACAAAUCUCAAGCACAAACAAUAAGUACGCUCGAAGAAGAACUGAAAGCAGCUCUCGUUCGGAAUGCCGAGCCAGCUAGGGAAUCUGUACCAAUUUUGUCUGAUUCUGAGAACAGUACUAGAGAUCCUGCCAAGGACACAGCGGAAAUAGGAGUUCAAACCAUCCUGCGAGAACCUGCCAAGGACACUGCGGAAAUGGGAGUUCAAACCAUCGUACUAGAACAGAAAAGGAUAGAUUCCGCGACGCAGACCGACAUGGCGCAACAGUUUGCUGAUCUUUCGGCAGAUGACUGUACAGAGAACCAGAAAGACGAAGCAACAGAGAAAGGCUGCAAGGAUAUCCCACAAUUCACGAGCAAAGAACCUUCGGCACGAGAAGAAAAACUGCAGGUGCUGCAGGAGUUAGAAACAUGCCGCGAAGAACUGCGGGUUGAGUUGGAGCGUACCAGGCAACUUCAGUGUGAGCUGGAGCAAGCAAAGGCAAAAGUGUCUGAGCUUUCAGUAGAGUUGAGGGUGCUGAGAGAAAAUAUGCAGGCGGAGCGGAAGCAAGAGGUGGAGGAGAGCGCAGAGGAAGGACUGCUCAUUAAGCUGCAGAAUUCGCGACUCGAGGGCCAGAUGCGCACCCUGCGAUCGGAGAAAGAGCAAAUCUUGUCCGUGAUGAACGAGAAGUCUCGAGAGAGCAGCUCGUUGAAGGCGGAGGUACACCACCUCAUGGCAGUAGUGACGCAGGAGAGGCAGGCCAUGGCCAAACUUCGCGCAGAACUCGUAGAACUCCGUCGCGGAGGCGGCAAGACUGACGGGGAGGAAGGCAAGGACCUGGCGCGCGAGGCACUGCACAAGCUCUCGCAGCUGGUCCGCGACAGAGAGGUCGAACUAGACGCGCAGAAGCAGAAGGUGGCCACGUUACUGCAGCUCCUCCAACAAGCUUCACCCGUCACCGGGGACCAGAUGCAAGAAUUGUUAGAGGAACGUGAAGAACUGGCUUGCCAGGUGGCGGCCCUACAGACGCAGAGGGAUGCUGAUAAACAGCAAGCAGAUUCUGCUCGCGAGGAAUUGCGCAGCCUGGCCGAACGUCUUCAGCAGGAGUCCCUGCGGAUGCAGGAACUGCAGCUCCAACAUGACUCUGCGAGGCUGCAGGCGGAAGAUCGACACAAGGCCCUGCGGAAUGCUCAGAACGAGACCGUGGCCCUGAAGCAGCGUGUGGCAGACCUCGAAAAUAGGUGCGCGGCUCUGAUGGAGGAGUGCAGGCUCCUCCGAGAGGCGCAGGUGGCGACGAAGGAGGAGAGCCUGCGGAUACAUGUUGAGCUGGAGAAGUUGAAGAACGAAAAGGACAUGAAGAUCGAAGAGGCAAGAAGGAACAGCGACGAGUCAGCGGAGCAGUGUCGCGAGGAAAACCAGGCCCUGCUGGCUCAGGUUGAAAAGCUCCAGGAGAGAGACGAGAAGCAGACCAAGGAAUUGGAGAGGCUACGACACCACUUACUCCACGUGGAGGAGAGUUACACCAAAGAAGCCCUGCAGGCUGAGCAGAGGGAGAAGGACCUGCGUGCAAGGAUCCUGCAGCUGGAAGACUGGGCACACGCAUCGUCAUCUGCAGUGCACGCUGCCAGCACACAAGCAAACCAACAGGUGGACGGCCUGCAGCAGCAGCUGUCACGCGUGACUGCUCAGAGAGAUGCCGCCGUUGAGAACGUGUCUUCAUUGGAGGACCAGCUGCAGGAGCAUGCAGCGGCCCUGGCAAAUCUCCAGAUGGUUCUGGAGCAGUUUCAGAAAGAGAAGGACCGCGAGUUGCAAGUGAUGAGGGAGGAGCACGGCUGCGAGUUGGCUCUGGUCAGGGAACGAAUGAGGGACCUGACAGAGUUGGUACGGACCAAAGAGGAGCAACUAAGCCAAACGGCCGACGCCCUGGAAGCCGCAGCGCGGCUUAGCGAGCAGCUCGACAGCAAGGAGGAGGCCAUCAGCUCCCUUCGGGAGGAAGUGCGCAAGAAAGAAGAAGAACUGAGGCACGCGAGGGAGGAGACAUCGGUUGUCCGAACGACGACGGAAGGGAAAGUGGACAAACAGAUAAUGAAGAGCCUGGUGCUGGGCUACUUUUCGACACCGCCGGGACAGCGGCUCGAGGUUGUCCGGCUCCUGGCUCGCAUCCUCGACUUCAAUCGCGAAGAGAUGGAAAAGGCAGGAAUACAUUUUGGAAGUAGCAAUAAUCAACAGGUCAGUCCCGCGAGAGGGGGCUGGAUUUCCGGACUGCUGUGGCGGAACAGGUCACCGUCGGGAUCGGAGACUAUAUCUCGUCCUCUAAACAGACAGUCCUUCUCUGCCUUGUUCAUCAAGUUCUUAGAAGAAGAAUCCCGUCCUCAGCAUGGCGUCCGACUGCCCGUCGAGGCCAUGUCUCAACCAAACGUGGGCCCUUCCAGGGCCCUCAUGCCACCUCCUGCCAGGAACUCGUCGACGCCUUCCAAGUCGGGGCAGUUCACUUCCCCGCUAUUGCUCUCGCCGGGAGAUAACCACGCCCACCCGCUCCUCCAGCCGGUCCCGCUACCCACUUUCGCACCCGUCGCGGAGAACCAGUCUGCUUUCUUGCAGCAAAUGCUCAAUUGAACACAAAGUAUGCGUGCACAUGAAAUGUGACACACGUUGUGUUUGAUGGAGUAUUGUUAACGGGGGCGACGGAACAGUGCAGACGACAGCAUUCCAUCCAAUCGGAGGUAGUCUUUGACAAUUCAGACUCCCUCGCCCGCUCGACAAGGAAAUGUUGCGUUGUAGCAGCAUUUACCCCCCUUUUUUUGUACACUCAGCGGUAGAGAUGUUAGAGCUCUGUUGCUUGUCACCGUACUUCGCCAUGUAAAAACAUACCGUGUUAUGUACAUAUAUAUAUAUAUAUACGUAUAAGGAUAGGUGUGACUUUGUUAGACAGUAUUUUUGCACGACUCGGCACACUUGACUGCUUCAUGGAGAUUUUAUUAAUAAUAAAAACGACUAACCACCUAAACUCGCAACACUGCCAUUGUUCAUCUUCCUGAGGUGCACUUGCAUAAAUCUGGUUUAUGUAUACGUCUUCGAUUCAGUUUGGUAAGAUUAAACAGGUGGGGCAAGGGGUCAGGAAAGAAGACAAAGUGGGGGUGAUGGGGGUGGACUCCACCCCUGUGCCUGCUGGAUGUACUGGGCAUACUGACGGUCCUGCUCGCGUGACGACAACAGCUGUUCGCGUCUCGCUGGUACUUCGAUCGCCAGAGCACAUUCGAGAGAGCAGGCCCAGUGUUGGAAAGGCACACACGUGUUUCCCAAGUAGGGGUUCUUGAACGUGAACACUUUGUAACCUGUAAAUGAAAAUACCUUGGCUGACAUUCCUGGAAAAUAAAUAAAGUGAAGAGUUUGGUUUACCGACA